AUGUCUAGUCUCAGAAGAGCUUUGCUCGUCGCAGGGAAGACGAAGAUCAAUCUCGAGAAUUGCCAUUUCAUCACCGGAAUCAACUACAACGGUCUCAGCAUCAAGCAACUACAAGAGCUCCGAGGAAUCCUCCGAGAAAACACAAACACGAAGCUCCUCGUCGCGAAGAACACUCUGGUCUUCAAAGCUUUAGAAGGAACCAAAUGGGAAUCUCUGAAGCCAUGUAUGAAGGGUAUGAAUGCUUGGCUCUUUGUCCAGACCGAAGAUAUCCCUAAUGCUCUAAAGACAUUCCUCAGUUUCCAGAAAGAGAAGAAGCUCUUCGACAAUAACUUAGGUGGUGCUGUCUUCGAAGAAAAACUGUAUGCUCCUCAAGAUUACAAGGUUAUUGAGACGAUGCCAUCUCGAUCCGAUGCUUAUGGUAUGAUGCUUGGUUCUUUGCAUUGGCCGGCUUUAGAUCUCGUCAAUAUAUUGCAGGCACCAACCGUGUCGGAAAAUGACAGUGGUGCAUCAGCGGCGUCUGAAAACGAGAGUGGUGCAUAA